AUGAGGAAGAUCCUCACGACAUUUUCCUCCUACUCGGGACCACCGGUAGAAUACAUUCUGGAACUGCUAUACCUGGUACUCAACCAAAACUACUUCAGGUUUGAACAUACGUGGUAUCAACAAGUUGCUGGGACAUCAAUGGGAGCGGCCAUGGCGCCAAUGUACGCGAAUAUACUUUUUUACCGUCGUUUUAUCGACGAUAUUAUUAUGAUUUGGAAAAAAGUAGGACCUACCCCUGAAGAAAUGCUAGAGACUAUCAACAACCUGAACACACCGGUCCGUCUCACCAUGACUACGAAUGACCAAACUACAGACUUCCUUGAUGUACGGCUAUAA